CGGAUCGAAAUUCUACACAACUUUCCUCCGUUCUUCCGAGCCUUCAAGACGAAAGGAGCAGAGGCGACGCUGGCGGAUCGAAUGGCGUUGUCGGCGUGUGGAGGUGGUGAUGCAGUCGGCGGCAUGGUCGCGCACGCAGAGAACGAAAACGGAGAGGGUCUGACCUCCAUCAACAGUCUCACACUCCCCACCCUCAGCUUCUUCCGCCUCAGCAACGCGGGAAUGGCGCUGCACUGGUUCGUGAAAGCACACAGCUUCCUGUACGUCACGCGCUGUGCGUCCCGGAUGCAGAUUGUGAACCACCGGGGUUGGGCGGUGUUGGACGGCGAGGUCCGUGAGGGUCAGGCGGUGGUGGUGCCGCAGAACUUCGCGGUGGUGAAGCGGGCCAGCGAGCAGGGGUGCGAGUGGGCACAAUGCAAGGAGGAAUCAAAGAAAUCUUAUCGAAUGGUAGUGUUCUCGAGAAUGCGAUUCUUCGCCAUGUCCGGGUGGCUCCACCAGCCACGAGGACUCCGAUAUUUUCACGCCAAGACCAACGGGAAGGGCGCGGAUGGGUCCUGGCUCUGGUGCACGACUGAUGACAAUUUGUAUGAAGUCGUGAAAUCAAUGACCCAGCACAAUGUUGGAGCUCUGGUGGUGGUUAAACCAGGGGAGAAGAAGUCGAUUGCAAGAAUUAUUACUGAACGAGAUUGCACUUUCGGUAACAGAGUCGCGAUCACCAACUUCAAGCACGGCCGCGGUCCGCUGAAGACCAACAGCGUCCCGAUUGAGUUGAUCCAGCACAGAUCAGCGGGAUUAGAAGGAGAUUUGGGCGGCGGCGUCUGGGAAGGAGUCGCGGCCGGCUUGUAUGGCGUCGUUCUGGGGACUGCACAUGGUGAGGAGAAAGUUUUGAUUGAAGUGUUUUUACAGAUGCCAAAAAAUGACAAGUGGAGUAACAUGAGUGUGAUGGCGAACGGGUGGGGUUCACGGGAAAGGGGCAGGCUGGCGCUGAAAAGGAUUUACCUAACACCCAAACAUGGAGAGAGCUCUAUGCUUCUGACGCGUAUCUUAGGUGGAUGCUCUGAAAGAUGA